AUGCUUCAAAGACCCCGUGAUAUACUGACUGCUCACGACCUUCACUCAACGAGCUCUGUUCCUCGCUAUCAUCUUUAUCAACAUCGCCACCGUCAGUUGCACGAAUCUCUUCAUACUUACAGCUUGGCUAUCGGGCGGGUAAAACCGAACCGUUACCCCCAGAUCAACUAUUUCAAUUCCUUUGAGCACGCUUGGGACGCGACUACGACGAAGCUCGUGGCCCAGUGGGAGCGGAUCAACCCCCGUCGUGAACAUCGCCUCAAGCGAAGCAUGGUCAAGAAGUUGACCUUAUCUAGGAGUGACUUUACUAAGCCGCAGAUACCAGAACCGACAAGCGCCGGUGACUCGCAGAAUAGGAUAGCUUGUCCCGACCAUAUUCUAGCUGGGGACUCGCUCGUCGUUAACAAUACUAGAUUUGCCAAUCUAGACCCCGAGAAAUGUCUAGGCGAGCUUAGCGUAUACAGGAAAGAAUUCAGUAUACAGCACGAAGGAUAUAAUCCUGGGGAACCAUCACAGAAGCGAUCUAGAGUAGCCGGUCUUAUGGAGGGCGAAAAGCAGACACGCGCUGCUCGAGAACUCAGCCGUUGCCAACUCAACCACGGAAGUGAGAGAGGACUGACACCUGAUCAGUACGUGGCCAUCAAGAGACAAGAGGGCGUCGCGCUUGUAAUGGCUAAGUUUAACCGGUGGUUCGAUAAGAGACUCGCAAUUAUCUCCUGGUUAUAUGUCGCAGCGCAUUUCUUUGCUCAUGCAUGCGAGGCAUCUGAAGCCUCGGGUAGCUCCGCCGGUAGCUCUAAAAGCACAGAGUCCGGAAGUGGUAGUUCUGGGCAAGGCCAAUCAGGCCGUUCAACUCGGACAAAACGUCGAUUGGGCGGAGAUGACCAGGAUAAUUCUUCGGCCGGGGGAGACGAAGGUGAUCCGGAUAGAGGCGGCAGCAAACGUGCGAAGAAAGAUACGGAAUCGGAGCGAAAGUUCGCUUGUCCUUUCUACAAAAAUGAUCCCAAAGCGCAUAACAAACACCGCAGCUGCGCCGGUCCAGGUUGGACUUCCCUGCAUCGCUUGAAGGAGCAUCUUUAUCGAGCUCAUCGAUUACCGAAGCAUAUCUGUCCUAGAUGCAACGAUCCCUUCGAUGAUGCCAAGGAUCUAGCUGAACAUCUCCGGGCUGACGUGCCUUGCGAGAAGUUAGAUGUGGUCCCAGUGCUGCAAGGCAUCGACGAGGCCACCGAAGCAAAGUUAAAAGUGCGAAGGAAGAAUUGUCCCGGUAUGACUGACGAGCAGAGAUGGGGAGAGAUUUACAAGAUCCUGUUCCCGAAUGCUAACUUUAAUGCUAUGCCGACUCCAUAUUAUGACGGCAACGAUUCGCUGGGAUUCUCCAAACGUGCCGAAUGGAAGAAGGUGGAGAAGCGGCUUAGAAGAGAGUUGCCCAAGUUCGUACAGAAGAAGGUCGAGAGGUCAUUCGAGAAAGUUCAGGCUGAUAUGUUGGUCGGCCUCCCUGACAUCAUUCGUGAUGGUCUGUUCGAGUUCUUCAAGGACCUCCCACAUAAUGAUUUGUCGGCGUCGGCAACUCCUGCUGCAACUCCGAGGGCUCGUACGCCUAGCUCGCCAGUCGCAAAGGAACAGCCCGCUCUGACGAGCGAGGAAGACAAGGACGCUUUAUUGGACAUGUCGUAUUUUUUGGACCCUACGUUCGACGAAUUUGACAUGAGCCAGUUUGACUUUGGCAAUUUUAACGACUGCCACGUUACUGACAAGUACUCAGACUCCGGUUAUGCUUCCACUAGUACCGGGAGGGACGGUACUGUCGAGACAGAUAUUUGA